AUGAUUAACAGUGUUCCUGAAGACAGAGCUCAGUUGUAUAACUCUGCAGUUGCAUUUCUUACGGAUGACUCGAUUAAGGAUGCUCCACUCGCAAAUAAGAUAGAAUUUUUACAAUCAAAGGGCCUCAAUGAACAUGAGAUUGAACUAGCUUUGAAACAAUCUAAGGAACAAAAGAGCAACGCCUCUAAUGAUGUUAAAGUCAAUAAUGACACAAUUAGUCCGGAUUUUAUGUAUGAAGCUAUUCCACCCCCUUUGCCACAACGUGAUUGGAAGGAUUAUUUUGUCAUGGCAACUGCUACUGCUGGGUUGUUUUAUGGCCUUCAUGAAGUUACCAAACGUUACAUUUUACCGAAUAUUUUGCCCCAAUCGAAGACAAAAUUGGAACAAGACAAGGACGAGAUCAAUUCUCAAUUUGAUAAAGUAGACAAAGUGUUGAAUGCGAUUGAACAGGGAGCAGGCUUUAUUCAGGGAGGAAGAAAAGAAAAAUUAGAUGAACUUGAUGCAACUAUUGUGCAAUUGAAAGCAGCUCUUGAGCAGACUACCACAGGUAGGAAAAAAGUGGAAGAUGAUUUCAGACUAUUAAAAUCAGAAAUGAAUAAUUUGCAACAUUCAAUUCAAGAAUUUGUAUCCAAAAAUGGUGCUAUAAAGGAAAUAAAUAAAAUAAGCGAAGAGGUCUCUUCAUUGAAGAGUUUAAUGAAUAAUACUGAGAACUCUGUUAAUUCCAGUAAUAAGGCUGAUAGAAGGGAUACUGAAAAUUGUACCAAAAGUGUUGAUAAUGAAUUAAAAAAACAAUCACCACUGCAAGGUAUUCCUGGGAUAGAAGCUAUACCAUCUGCCUCGGAAUUACUAGCGAAGAUGAAUUUGACUGAUAAUGUAUCCUCGAGCGAGACAGAAAACACCAUCCCAGCAUGGAAAAAGGCGAGAGAAGAUUCUUUAUUAAGCAAUAGUGCAAUUCCAGAAUGGCAAAAGAACAGCUCUACUGCCACACCAAGUUGGCAGACUGCUCUAGAAGAUGCUGAGCAAAAUGAACGGUAA